UCCGUUUGUUUUCAGGCGGGUUGCGUUACAUCAGCUCUCACCAAAACAACAUUCAUAUAAAGCUUAUGACACAGAUGCAGACUUUCUAAGUGACCGUUAUGUUUUUAAAUGUACAGUUAUAACAAAUUAUGAUUGCUGGUUGUUCUGCAGCAUAACGUUAAAAUGGACCGAUCAUCCAGAGAUAAGAAAGCUGUCAACUACGCAGUCUUCCAAGAUGAUGAUGAUGAUGAAGAUUUUGCAUGUGUGAAGCCUCCUCCCAAAAAACCUCGAACAGCCACCAAAGACCCUAAUUCUUUGAGAAACCACAAAACUACAAGUGGAUCUCCCGAUGAAGUCGCUGAUCUCACCAGCUCAGAAAGCAGGAAGAGGACGUCUGUGGAUGAUAAACUUUAUGACAGAGAUUUAGAGGCAGCUCUGUUGUUAUCAUUGCUGGACUCUUCAAGAACACAGGACGGAGAGCCAACAACCAAAAAAGAUGAUAAUGAAAGAUCUCAGCCUCUUCAGUGUUCGCCACCGGUUCUUAUACACUGUACUUCUGAGGGCAGCCAUUUAGUUGGCGAAGGUCAGCCUGCUCCAGAUUCUCCUCCAGUGCUGUCAAAUUGUAGCAUUGAUGGCAGAAGUUUAGGGCUGAAUCUGAUCAGUAUAGACACCUCCCCUACCAGUGUUUCUAAACCGAAGGAAACCUCAAGGAAGCAGAGAAAGCCACUGCAGGAGAAGAAGGACAACAGAGACGAUGAGGACUACCAGCUUCAGAACACACCAGAUUCAGAGAGUGAUGCAGACUUCACUGAAGAAGAUGAGAGUGAAGAUGAGACAUACACUGUGAAAAAGAAAAAGGCGGCAUUGAAACAAAAGACAGAAAAAAAGGCACCACCGGCUGCGAAGAACAAGUCGGAAAAAAAAGACAAAAAGCCAACAAAAGCCUCGAAAGCUAAAAGCUCAGCUCCCAGCCCAGCGAUCUGUCGGAGUCCAGCUGCUUCUGUGUCUGGACUGAAGAAGACCCCCACUACUCCGCCUCUCUCUAAACCUGCAGUCUGCUCCAGUCCUGCAGGGGCCAGACUGCCUAAGUGGACUCCCCCUGGUCAGGUUGGUCGGAGUCCUGGUGCGUCUCAGAAUGCACAUGUGAAGUCUCCCGGACAGGGUCUGCGUUUAGGACUUUCCCGUCUGGCUCGAGUCAAACCCCUUCACCCUAAUGCUGCUUCAAACUAAACAAGCUUGUUUUAAAGAAACAAUGUCAUCGAAAGGUUUUGGUAACUCGUAGUGCAUGGGGCAUAUCUUUGUUUUCAUGGUUUGAGAAAAAAGGUAAGAAGUCUGUUUUCAGAAUGGAUAUUUUAUACUGAAAUGUGUCCAGAAUUAAGACCUUUUAUUCCUCACUUACAAUAUUAUUUAGGGAAGAAAUAACUUUUUUGUUUUGCUUUAAAUAUAUGAAUGUCUUUUUAACGGAAAAUUGUAUUAGCUUUGUAAAUAUGCACUUUUUGAUAAAUAAAGAUUGUGUAAUAUACUAAAA